CAUCACUCUACUCAUAUCUCUGCUCACUUCCCCUCCAUUAAUUCACUUCCCAUGAGCUAUAUCUCCUCAAGAUGCAUCCCAAGUUCUUCCCAUCCACCCACUUCAUCUCAAUCCUCAUCUUCCUCCUCUCCCAUCACUUCCCAAUAUCGAUCCGGUGUGAAGAUUCUCCAUAUGUGAAAUGCAAUUUUCCCGUCCAAUGUGAUGAUGAAGUGGGCAAAAUUGUGUACCCUUUCUGGGUAGAUGGGUACCAACCUGAUUACUGUGGUCAUCCGGCGUUCAAGCUCGACUGCAUGGGAUUUAAGGUCACCAUAGAGAUGAUGCACGGAAAAUAUGAUGUCAUUAACAUCAAUUAUGAGGCUCAAAUCCUGACGAUUGCCAGAGUCAAUGAAUUCUUCAUUAAAGAUAUAUUGUGUCCUGAACAGAAUGCAACCAUGGAUUCCACCCUCUUCAAAUACACUUCCAACACCCAGAAUGCCACCCUGUUCUACAAGUGUCCCCCAGGGUUUGAACAUCCCGCGACUUGGAAAUUUAUCUGUUUGAAAUUCGGUGCUCUAGACUGUGCUUUUUUUGUGUUAAAUACGUCCCUGGCCACUGAACUCGUAAGCAUAUGCGGGGCUGGUGUGGUCGUUCCGGUUCUUGCAACUGCUGCUCAGGGCUUUAUGAAUCAUUCAUUAGCUUUUGAUCAAGUUCUGAAGGAAGGGUUUGAGGUGAAAUGGACAGUAGAAGAGGGACAAUGUCGAGGUUGUGCUGAGUCUGGAGGUAGAUGUGGAUAUAAUUUGAGUUCGAGCCAACCUAGUUGUUAUUGUCCUGACAAACCUUAUUCAACAAGCUGUCCAACUCUAAAGGCACCGCCACCGAUUGCACCAACUCCAACUGCUUUGAAUUCGCCAAAGUCAAGUACGCAUCCCUUUUCUUCUCAAGAUAUAUUUCUAUCUCCAUUCUUUCUGCACUGCUUCUUUUAUUAGAUCAAAACAUCUGCAGCGAUGAGCUGAUUCAAAGUUAUUUGGAUACCCAGCAAUGAUUUUCCAUGUCAAAUAUUCAAUUUCAAUAAUUUUAGGAAGAUUUUAAAAUAUUAAAUUGUUUUUCAAAUGUAUUUACUACAUUUAUA